AGUGAAGAGAUAUAUUUCGAUGAUGGUACCGAAGAGUUUUCAUUCAUAGCGGAUAUGGAUUUACCAACUAAACUAUUAAAUAUAACGGCAACUGAUAUUUUUGCAUCAGCAUAUCAUUCAGCAUUAUUAAAUGAUAAAAACGAAUUUUAUCAUUGGGGAUUAUUUUCAAAUAUUGUAUCAGAAGCACCAAAUGUAAUAGAAAUUAAAGAUAAUAAUAAAAAGAAUAAUAAAAUAAAAGAUGCAUCAUUGGGUGGUAAUUUUAUAUUAAUGUUAACAAUAGAUAACGAUUUAUAUUCAAUGGGUAAAGGAUCCUAUGGUGUUUUGGGUUUAGAUAAAGAAAUGAAAGAUUUGGAAGUGGAGCCAAAAAGAAUUGAAACUUUAAAGAAUAGAAAUAUAAUAUCAUUAUCAAGUGGUUAUGAACAUUCAAUAGUGACUACCGACAAAGGAUUGUUUUCAUGGGGCAGAUCCGACAAGGGUCAAUUGGCUAAUGGAGAGUUGAAAUCAGAAAUUAAAGAUCAAAUUAACUAUAGUUCAAAACCACAAUUUAUAAAGAAUUCAGAUUCAACUUUUAGAAAUAUUAAAAAAGUUUGUUCAGGUAGUGAUCACAGUUUAGUAUUAAAUAAAGAUGGAACUGUUUAUUCAUGGGGUCACGGUUAUUUUGGUGCUACUGGUCUCGGAAAAAAAGAUAAUGUAGCAACACCAACCAAAAUACAAUUCAACAAAGAGUUGGAGAACAAAUUAGUUUUAGAUAUCGCAUGUGGUGGUUACCAUUCGCUAAUUUUAACAUCCGACAAUGAAAUUUACUCAUUUGGCUGGGGAGAGUAUGGUCAAUUGGGUCACAGCGAAAAUGACACAAAGAAUUACUAUUCACCAAAAAAGAUCGAAUCCAUCAACUCUUCCACUAAAAUCAAAUCAGUUUUUGCUGGUAGUCAUGCAACAUCCUUUUAUGUAGAUGAAAAAGGUGAUGUUUAUUCAUGGGGCUGGGGUGAAGGCGGUACAUUAGGAUUCGGUGACAAUCAAAAUGUUUAUGUCCCAACUCAAGUUAAAUCAUUGUCAAAUAUUAAAAAAAUUGCCGCUGGCUUCAAACACACUUUGGCUUUAACAAACGAUAAUCAAGUUUAUGUUUUUGGUGAUAACACUUUUGGUCAAUUAGGAUCCAAACAAAACAAUGUUUUUGAAGAUCCACAAAACGAUAACCAAGACGAUUCAAAUAAUAUUAUUAAUAAAAAAUCUCAAUAUAAUAUAAAUAUAAAUAAUCAUAAUAGAAAC